ACAGACGAGCAUACAAGGCUAAGAACUCGUCAGCAACCAUGAAUACCGCCCGGACUGGUGUCUUCCUCCUCCUUGUAGCUGUUGCCAUGGCUCGACAGGAGACGUAUUUAGUGGGUGUCUGCAAGAAUAUGUGGCAGAGAUGUGAGAUGGGAAACUCCAACGGUUGCUGUGCUGGGCUCUCGUGUCGGGGAAGUAACGGAGUAACGAGAUGCGAGAGAAACUGGGGUAACGGUGGAUGCCGCAGCCGUAAUGAGGAAUGCAAGAUUACCGGUGAGAACUCCAUGAAAUGUUGUGAGACCCUUCGUUGUCAACCGGGACCAAUGAACAAAAAGAUGAUGUGUCAGUAACUACAUUUACCACCUCUUUACC